UAGCAACUAACAGCUAGCAGCUAACAGCUAACAGCUAACAGCUGUCUGAUAUGAUGUGGUCCCAGCCGGAGUCCCAGCCGGACUCUCUGGGUGAAACCAGUCCGGAUCAAUCCUCCUGCAGCUCGGACACCGGAGACGUUUUGAUCCGGUCCACUCGGGUUCUCCUCUCGGAUCGGAGACAUGAAGCUGGACCGGGACCGGGACCAGGACCAGGACCAGGACCAGGACCAGGACCCGGAUCCGGAUCUGUCCAGAUCACCGUCCAGAAGCUGCAGGACCGUCCAGUCCUGCCGCCUCUGGCCGAGCAGCAGCGGCGGAGCUCCGGGUCAGACCAGCAGCAGCAGAUCAUGAAGCCGGACAGAGCGCCUCCUCCCCGGCCAGCAGCACCGGCUCAGCCCGACAGACUGAAGAAACCUGGAAUGACCAAAGAGAACAAAGAACCCAGAAGAAGAGUGAGUCCUCUCAGGAAGCUCUCUGCUGGGACACUCAGCGACCGGCGGCCUGGUGAGAGAACCAGCUUCAUCAAUCAGUCUCUGCUGACAUCAUCACCCUCAGGUCACGACCUUCUCACAUCACGUUUUGCUGCUGGAAGUCGAGGAGUCGUGCUCGCAGCUUUGAAACAACGGUCUCACAGCGCCCCCCACAGGAGGGAGAUCAAGGUGCAGCUGUUGGACCCGGGACCCCUCCAGACCAGCUCCCAGGGUGCUCCUGGUCUGGGGACCAGUUCCCAGGAUGCAGUAGGUGGUGUGCGGGUCCAGACGGAGGCUGAACUGUCCUCUGGUUGUCUUGGCGACGACACCAACGCAGCAGCUGCUGCAACUCUGAUCAAGCUGACUGAAGGCGUUGAGAAGCUGCUGCAGGCUGACAGGUACAGGGAGGACGGAAAGAGGGGGCGGAGCCUGAGCCAGCAGACGCUGCAUCACCUGGAGACGCUGCACAGCCAACAGCUGCAGCAGCAGAGCCAGCUGCUGGAGUCAGCCCUCAGGAUGCUGACAGGCCACGCCCCAGUGACCUCUGACCUCACAGCUUCAAGUCAGCCACGCCUUCUGCAGGUCACUCACCUGGAUCAGCUGGAUCACCUGAACACUGCAGGGUUUAAUAGAUACCUGGUGAGGUGAAGGACAGGUAACUGGUGAGGUGAAGGACAGAUACCUGGUGAGGUGAAGGACAGGUACCUGGUGAGGUGAAGGACAGGUACCUGGUGAGGUGAAGGACAGGUACCUGAAGGACAGAUACCUGGUGAGGUGAAGGACAGGUACCUGAAGGACAGAUACCUGGUGAGGUGAAGGACAGGUACCUGGUGUGGUGAAGGACAGGUACCUGAAGGACAGAUACCUGGUGUGGUGAAGGACAGGUACCUGAAGGACAGAUACCUGGUGUGGUGAAGGACAGGUAACUGGUGAGGUGAAGGACAGAUACCUGGUGAGGUGAAGGACAGGUACCUGAAGGACAGAUACCUGGUGAGGUGAAGGACAGGUACCUGGUGAGGUGAAGGACAGGUACCUGAAGGACAGAUACCUGGUGAGGUGAAGGACAGGUACCUGAAGGACAGAUACCUGGUGAGGUGAAGGACAGGUACCUGGUGUGGUGAAGGACAGGUACCUGAAGGACAGAUACCUGGUGUGGUGAAGGACAGGUACCUGAAGGACAGAUACCUGGUGUGGUGAAGGACAGGUACCUGAAGGACAGAUACCUGGUGUGGUGAAGGACAGGUAACUGGUGAGGUGAAGGACAGAUACCUGGUGAGGUGAAGGACAGGUACCUGAAGGACAGAUACCUGGUGAGGUGAAGGACAGAUACCUGGUGAGGUGAAGGACAGGUACCUGGUGAGGUGAAGGAAAUAUACCUGGUGAGGUGAAGGACAGGUACCUGAAGGACAGAUACCUGGUGUGGUGAAGGACAGGUACCUGAAGGACAGAUACCUGGUGUGGUGAAGGACAGGUACCUAGUGAGGUGAAGGACAGGUACCUGAAGGACAGAUACCUGGUGAGGUGAAGGACAGGUAGCAGGUAAGGUGAAGAACAGAUACCUGGUGAGGUGAAGGACAGGUACC